AUGGCAGCCGCCGCGCGUGUACCAUUUCUCGAACAGCAGUACAACCAUGUCGCGCUACCCCGCAACGUGCCUGGCAAAGAGGACGGAAACCUCCGUCGUAUCGAAGAAGCCUUACUGGAGUGCAUGCUGGAUGCUGUCGCAAGACUCACACCUCAUGUCGCUACAGAUCUCGCUUCCCAUAUCCAAGGACUCCGGGCGACAUUACUCGCAUGUCAAGUGCUCAACGUGGACGGGACUAUCGGCAAGGCCGCGCUGAUCAAGGAGCUUCGCGACUUGAGCCAUCGCAAGAUGCUUGUGCUGCAUAUUGCACCUCAGAAUUGCGCUUUGCUAGUAUACCCUCAAGAACUAAAUCCUGGGGAGCACACAAUCGUGUUUGAAGCUUUCGAGACAUCCGCGACAGCUGACAAGGUGCUUGCUGCCAAAGGCGCGCUACAAUGGGACUUCCCUGGUUGCGCGGUAUCCGUACCGGCUUCGAAAUUUUACGAAGAGGCUUUCCAGGAAGCUCUUGCCACCUUCAUCGAGCAAGCCAGCAGCGAGCCAGUUACGAAAUUCGCUGCUAUCACCUGGAAGGCAGCCGCAACUAUACCAGAGAUCCGAGAUACCAGUGAUCCGGCUCUCAUAUCAGGCCUUUUGAUGACCAUACUAGAGGCCAAUGGCACUGCGGUCUCAGUACCAUGUUUACGAAAGCGUGUGCGCGACACCGUCGUCUUUGAUAAUGCUCUUCAGCGCUACUUGUACUAUCACCUAGGUGCAGAGGUCGGCAGACUCUACUACAAGACACUGAUGUGUCUUCUGCAUGCACAGCUGCUGGAGAACAUCCUCAAGAGGAUACCUCUCGACGCGGUCUUCUCGUUUCGACAGAAGCUAGGUCGUCGCCUUGCUAAGCUUGCCUCUGAUGUCCAUGGAGCCAACAGGUCGUCCACAGGCAGGUACGCUAAUCUUCUGCUCUCUUUUAAAAGCAGCUUCGAGACUACUCUAGCCACGACUGGAGGAUACCUAAAGCGAGUCUGGCGCACUCACAGGGAGUCGCGGGAACGAUCCAUUCCAUUGUUACGCCAGUACGCCCUUCCACAUGAGUUCCACCUUCGCAUGAAGAACAGCGGCAGAUUCUUGAGGGGUGUUUUAUCUGCACGUCCAUCCUAUUCAAGGUCUGAAGAGCAAACAUCUGACGAACGUUUACAAUCAUACCUCCAGUCGAAGGCUUCUGUCAAGCCUUACAUGAAAGCUGUUUCCAGCCACAUCGCUUCUUCAAAGCUUGUCGAGGAUGUGAUCUUUCCCGCCAAACAAUCAACGCAACCUGAAGGUCUUCUUGCCAUACAGAUGAGUAGGGUAAUCCGGGACUAUGUCGCCAGAAUUAGCACUAUGGACCUAGCGUAUCCCAACCAGAAGAGCCAGCAUCUCCUUCAUGUAAUGGAACUUUGGGUUCUUAUGGAUCAAGACGCGGUAGCUUGUUAUCCCUUGCUGAAAGAAUACCAUCCUGGGUUCGACGCUGAUAUCUUGGAUCCCAUUCAACUGCUUACACGGGAGGAAAUGAUACGCAGUCAAGAGGUGCGCAAGUACCUACACUCUCGUUAUCGCGCACGGUCGAAUGCCGAGUCCAAAACCAUUUUCGAUGAUCCCGCCGAUGACUGCUUCGCUGCACAGUACUACGACCGCGAAGACCCUCAGGGUGAGCUUCCAGUAAUCCGGGAAGAGAUCGAACAGGCAGCCGAUGUUGCGUGUGAUGCUAAGAGCGUCGAAUGGGAGGAGAAGAGCAAACAUCAUGCGCAAACCAUCAACAACUACGAGCCGGCAGUCAAAGCAGCACUGUUUGAACUACAAUGUCCCGAGGUGUUCGCUGCGUAUCGCGAUGCAACUUGGCUUCUACUGUCUAAACUGUGUAACCAAACGAUCGAGAAGCUCGAUAGAAUCUCGCUCAUCCGAGAGUACUCGCAGCUCCGUCAAUACGUCAACAACACCAACUGUCAAGUGACUCUAGGCUCAUACAAAAAGGCCCAUCUAGAGUGUCAUUACGCGAGCUGGGGCUUUCCAAUCGGGUUGGAAGAGGUCAUUCGAACCUGCGGUCUCAAGCCCAAGUACUAUGACAGGCUCGGUGAGGUUUGGACUCACAAGUCCAAGAAAGCUUCCUUCUGGCAUCAUUUCCCUGUGAAAUGUCCUCUCAACUCGCCGCUGGUGUCUCUUGAGCUUGACUAUGCCAUGUGGCCAACAUCAAAUGAAGUCCAGGCAAGUCAAGCCAGGUGUCCCCAAGGUGUCGGUAUUCAUGAGUUCACGGCGCUUCAAGGUCUUCUGACCGGCACCCAUUCGAGAUGGCUCGACCUUCUCAGAGAGAUGGGAUCGACUAAUCUUAAUUUCUCGUCAGAGUCCACCUGGGUUCUCGUUUUGCGUUUGGUGUUACAGCUAGGACCAAACACUGUAGCAGACUCUCUUUGCACAGACGUUCAUCGUGCGUUGUCCGACGAUGGCCUUUGCAGCAAGCUCCUGCAGCAGGUCCAAUACCGACUAGAAGCGAUCCAGCGAAAUUGGCGCGAGCCUGUGCAGAUGGAACUAUUGAUCACGGUUCUGCUCAAAGUUACCUCCCUGACUCUAAGCACGACAGUCCGCAACGAAGGCAUUAGCCUUCUCCAAGAAGCCCGUAAGAUUACCGAUGGCUGGCGUAAAGAACUGCAACCCAUGGUGACAGAGGAUCCAAACGUAUUGCAAUCAGCUAUAUGGGCUUCCCUCUUGUGCAAGCGGACAAUGCACGUUGAUGAACCGCCAUGGUUAGACCCCGAAAGCCUUCGCAUGUAUCUUGAUGCUUCUAUCUCACUGCAGUACAACCUUGCUGGCAGCUUCGACGCGAUGCCAUAUAACAUGCGCAACGCCAUCGUACAGGACAUAUUGUUCGCUUAUGAUUACCGCGAGGUUGUGAGCAGCGCUAUAUUGGCAACCCAAGAGACAUUUAGAGCAGCUCUAGAAGCGGUAUGGUACAUACCUGACGACUACAAACUCAACGAGGCCGGUUUCCAAGGCGUUCCUGGCACUUGGUACCUUUCAUACACACUGCACUCACCUGCUGAGCAGCAUUCCUAUUUCGUACAUUACAAUUAUGUCUAUGGUACCUUACUCAUCGAUGGACAAGAGAUGGGAACACUUCCGCAGUCGUACCGUAUGGACAGAACCUACCAACACAUUCUCGGUACGAAGAAUCCGAUCGUUUACCCCUCUCCUCUACGAGGCAUGGAUUUCGCGUUAUCGGAGACCGUGCGUGGCCAUCGAAUCCAUCUCGGCUACCGCGACAAUCGCUUGAUCAUCCGAGCAGACCAGGGCGGCCAACUACUUGAAUUCAUUCCUAAGCAUGCCUUUGGGUUGGAAGGUCCUACGCCCGAUCUUCCUAGACCAUUAGUGGAAGAUUGUUACCACUGGCUUCACGUCUACAGCGGGCACAUCGAGAUUCGCCAAAGCAGUCAAUGGGCAUCGAAGCUGAUGAAUUGGUGGAUACGCUGGCACCCUUCAGGCUUCUACCACGCUGUCCGGCGAUUCCAAGAGCCAGCGCAGACAACAUUGUUGGAUACGGGAAGUGAUCUAGUCAAGAGCGUCACUCGGAUCUUCUCUCACUUUGAGUUUCCAUCUCAGAUCCUAGUAUUCGCAUCAGUCGAUGGUAAAAUCUUUGUGGAUCUGAAGCGGAUGGAGUUGAGCUUUCACAUCAACCAGGAAGGCUUGUUACAGUCGCCAAGACUUGGUGCGAUCAUUCUGCAGAACCAAGAUGCGGGCACCUGGUAUGGGCUGAUGAAUAAGAUUGUUGUUCACUCCAUUGCCAAUCGUCGACAAAAGAGCAUAUUGGUACCUUGGGGAGGUAUCCGAGUCUCCAAAGACGGGCCUCAUGUGUCUGUUGACAUUGAGAUGGGGCAAGGUGUUUACCUCAAAUACGCCAUCAAUGAUGUUCUGGGACGUAUUGAUUGUGCGCCCGAACCACGUCUACUCUACAUGAAAGCUCUACUGCACGCUUACACGUCCCACGCUAUUGCCGACCCACUGACGCGACGGACCGGAACUGAGGAAGCCCUCUACCUUCUCCAGACAGGAACUUACCAGCCUUGGAACCCAUUACUGCCCGACGAGAUAGCCACAUUGCAUCGCAUCGCAGAGCUGUCGCCAAAGCGGGGUUACUAUCCGCCGGACGCUAGGUACAUGGAGACGGUGCUGUGGGAGCCCAAAUGCACCAUCUAUAUGCAAGAUGAUCGGUAUGCUACUGUUGUCGCUACAAUACUGCGAGGAUCUGCCAACUUGUUUCGGUUUUUCCUCGACCGCGAGGUUCAAGAGAUCAUCAAAUUGAAACCGGACAUCACGCACCUAGCUGCCAGGGCGGUUGGGAGGUCCAACUUUCAAAUGGGGAAGAAAAAUGGCAGCCAGGACGUUCCCUAUAGCGCACGUGAUUCUCGUAGAGCUUCGCCGGAUCGCUUGAACGUGCUCGAGGUAUCAAAGUUGCUCCUCAACUGGGAAUCAACUUGCUCUUUGGACACUACACUGACUGCACUUCUCCACGAUGCUCCAGUUCUGGGCGGUUACGACAAGUACUACCGGAAAUGCCUGCUUACUGAUCACCUCGCUGUCGACAUCAAAGCCGAGUGGGGUGCGCUCGCUCAGAAAUCACUCCAGUGUAGUGUUGAGGACAGGUUCAGCCUAAUGUUCCUCCUCGGAAACAUCGCGUUCUCUUCGGAUGCGGACCUCAAUCUCUUGCGUGUCCUCAUCUCUUUCGCAAUGAUACCGGAGAUACGCGCCAUAAAAGCCCCUAGCCACGCAGCGUACUUCCAUUUCCGAGCGGAUGGAGCUCCUCCUGCAUCUUACCUCAUCUCGCUGAUGGAGAGAGCACGAAUGCCGUUUUCCGAGACCGGCUUCAGGAAGCGUUCGCAGCUAGUCAAAGCUGAGAGCUUACAUGGUCCGGGUGUUGAUCAAGCCUGCGAAUUGCUGGCUGACUCAAUCAUACAACAAUGGCCAGCUUCGGAUAUCGACUCGCGAAGGUUGGUUGCAAUUGAUCCUACAUAUCUGAACGUUGACCAGGCUCUAGCCGAUGUGGCUUCAGAAUGGACCCGCCUUACACGCAAUCACGAACUGUCGCUGUAUCUAAAGCAGGUGCAGGAGGUUCUCUCCCGUAUGACUACUCAUCAAACGGAGGCCAGCUUCGUCUUGAGAGCAAGUUCUAAUACAAAGUUAACGCCAUCGUCGCUGUAUCCCGUACGAUCGAGGGAGUAUGAUGACCAGUCACUCUCAGACUUGAUGAAGGCACGAGUAGUCACAAUCGAAGAACCCAGAACGACGGCGCCUCCUCACACUUCCUGGUCGUAUGCUGGAGCCUUGACUGUCAGGUCAGGCAACACUACGCAUCAUUCUACCAAGAUGCACAACUUCGUGGGUGUUGCUCAAACGAGAAAGGCACCUUUGUAUCCUCGAGUGGCUCAUCCUCCGUCACAAGAGAUUGAAAUGCUUAGGGAUAUCGUUGCCAACUUCAAAGAUCCGUCUUCUUUCGUGCAGUGUAGAUAUGCGAAAGAGAUGGACGCAAGUAUUGAUGCUCUCCAACAACAUGUUUUACAUGCGCGAGAUACGGCUCAUAUCACAUUUCCUCGGGUCACCACAGCGGAUAUCUUGCCUGCCAAAGAUGUCAUGGCAGCAGCUGCCGACCGCAUCCGUUGUUCACUCCAAGAUCCGCAAGCGAAGUGGCUGCAGAUGGCGGAUGCGUACCAUAAGUUGACAACGAUUGAGCUUCUGACGGAGCUUCGAACUACUGCAGGGACUGCUUUUGGCGCAGACAUGAAAGAAGCAGUUGUGGCUUUUGGGGCGGCUGUAGGCAAGCUUCAGCGGUUACUUCGCAUCCAAGAUGCUCAGAAGAGGUGGAAGAAGCAGCAAGAGCGAGAUGAAUGGGCGAACAAGGGACAUGGGAAUUGGAGCCCCAUGACUUUUCCGGACUGGCUAUUGCUGGAGAUCGAUGGCGAUAUCCUUCUCCGAGAUGAGCAGGUACAAGUUGCUCUAGCGACAGUCUCUCCGCAGACGAAUGAGAACUCUGUCCUGCAACUCUUGAUGGGUAAAGGAAAGACAUCUUGUAUCCUCCCUAUGGCAGCAGCUCUCCUUGCUGACCAAGCCAACCUUGCUCGCGUUGUGGUACCGAGAGCUCUUCUACUACAGUCAGCGCAAGUAAUGCAAGCCAAACUUGGUGGCUUGGUUGAUCGCGAAUUGAUGCAUAUACCUUUCUCUCGAAAGACGUCUCCUACCAAAGCCUUGAUGAGUCUAUACAGAAAGUUGCACGAACGCUUGAAGGCUCGCCGUGGUAUACUUAUCGCAUUACCGGAGCAUAUCCUCUCGUUCAAGCUGAGUGGACUACAACAGCUUUGUGACGAAAAACUCGAAACGGCUUCCAUGAUGAUCAAAACACAGCGUUGGUUGGAUGAACAUACUCGCGAUGUUCUGGAUGAAUGCGACGUAUCUUUAGCAAUCAGGACUCGACUUGUCUAUCCAUCUGGCACUCAGGCGACAGUAGAUGGUCAUCCAAUGCGGUGGCAGGUAACCCAGGCUGUACUCCACCUAGUCAAGGACUUCUCCUCAAGUGUCCAAUCACGCUACCCUCGUAGCAUUGAAGUGGUCAACCGUGGGUCCGCUGGCUUCCCUCUUCUUUACUUCUUGCGCAAAGAUGCCGAGAAUUAUCUGAUCGAGCUCUUAGUCAAGAUCAUCUGCAAGGGACAGACUCCGUUGAUACUUCCUUGCGCCGAAUACCCAGCCGCUCUCAUGAAAGAUGCACCUGUCUGGCUUCGUGUCGAGAUGGGCCUCUUCGCUGGGCGGCUCUACCUAGAAUGGGACGAGUACUAUCAACUACUUGAAUACCUUGGUCUUGAUGAGAACCUAUCUCAGCAUCUCGAGAAGGAUGCGUUCGCAAAGAAGCCUCUCACCUUCGUACACGAGUGGCUUGCCCUCCGCCGCAAAGGUCAGGACUUCGAGCACACUCCCAUGGGCUUUGUUACUACUGGUAAGCCGCUUACGGAGAAUCAUCCGUUCUUCCGCAAACUCGCACACGGAGAUGAUCCUGCUCUACGUCAGCAUGUUGCCCGUGCCGUACCCGGCCAGCUCGAUUCUAUGGAAGAGGAGGAGGACCAUGAUGAUCAUGAUGAGGAGGAGUUUGUUCCCGCUAUUGAGCAUGUCGACGACUCGGAGGGCGAAGACGAAGGAUUCGCAUCUAGCGAUGAUGAGGCAUUCGUUGAUGCAGAGGAUGGAGAGUGA